AUGAUCGAAUUGGAAGGGAUUGGUUACCGUAUCGGCGGGAAUUGGUUAGUCCGUAACAUCAAUAUCACAAUUGAAAAGGGGACGCUCUGGGGUUUCGUCGGUCCUAACGGUGCAGGUAAGUCUACACUUCUACGGCUGAUUUCGGGGGAACUAUUGCCGACGACUGGGGAAAUUCGGAUCCUCGGUAAACCGAUUCAUAGUUACGCCCCUCAAACAUUGGCACGCCUCCGAGCUUACCUCCAACAAAAACGGGACAUAAACUUCCCAUUCACCAGUUUGGAGAUUGUACUAUUUGGGCGACAUCCACAUCUCAAUGGCACAAAAGAAACCACUGCUGACCUCUUAAUUGCUAAGGAGGCAUUGCGUCAGGUUGAAGCCCACAUGUUUGCGAAACGGCUCUAUCCAACGCUAUCUGGUGGUGAGGCGAGCCGUGUUGACAUCGCGCGGAUCCUCACGCAGGCACCAGACCUAUUUUUGUUAGACGAACCAACAAACCAUCUGGACCCGAGACACCAAGUGCAGAUACUUAACUUGUGCAAAACGAUUUGUGGGCACGGUAAAACUGCUAUCACGGCAAUUCACGACUUAAAUCUCGCGUCAAUGUAUACCCACCGACUGCUGCUACUGAAAGAUGGGAUUUCUGUCGCGUGCGGCACGCCUGAAGCUGUACUAACCUUGGAUCUGUUAUCAGAGACCUACGGUAUUCCGUUUGAAGUUCUGCCGCAUCCAGAUGGAUAUCCAUGGGUGAUGCCGAGUCUGAAUACUUCGUAG